AUGGAGCGCCAACCUGCGCCAGCAGCGUGGCCGUUGCGUGAGCAGCUACUUCUAGCUCAGAUUGUGCAUCAGGACGGCCAUGUACCGCCGAACUGGGCUAGCGUUUCCACCCACAUCACGUCGCAUCCAUGCGUGAAAGAGACGCCACGUGCUCGAAGCGCUGACACUUGUGAGCGUGUGUGGACGGCGCUGAUGCAGACGCACGUUCCAUCCGAUGCUGUGCGUACGGACCGCGGCGCUCAGCUAGCGCUUGCUCAGAGAUUGUAUGCUGCACGACUGGAAGAGCUCGUAUCUGAUAUCGCAGCGGAGGACAAGGCGUUCCAUGAGCUGCAUGAAAAAAUAGAGGGCUUGCGGGCUGGGCGUUAUGAUGACGAGCUCCAAAAGCAUGUGCAGGUCAAGGCUCCAUCAGAGCCUGCAAAGACAGAGGCGGCAUCCACGGAGCCAGUGGUGUCUGACGUGGCUGAAACAGAAGAGGAAGCGCCGGACGACGACGACGACUUGCAGGUCGAGCAGGAUUUGCUGGGCGACACGGCCGAUCCCUCGCGAGCGGACAUGGGCAAGCAUGCAGCGCCACCGCCCUCUACCACCACGUACAGCACACGCGUUCGCAAACGCUCUCGCGUUGUGGCAGCGUCAUCUUCACCCGCAUCGUCGCCCGAGCUCCCGGCCCAUACCCCACGUUCCCAUCGUGCCGAGGAGGACGAAAGCGUAUCCGAUGCAGAGCGAGACAAGAGCCGGCGACGUACGACGCAGCUGUUGCUCAUGCUACAUAAUCAGGUGUCAAAUCACACACACGCGAACUUGUUUGAUCAGCCCAUCAAGGAGAUGGAUGCACCCAACUACUAUACCGUCAUCAAGCAGCCCAUGGACUUGAAGCUCAUGAAGCAGCGCAUCAAGGAGGGUGCGAUAACGUCGUCUAUGGAUUUGCGGCGUGCUUUUUCGCUCAUGUUCGCCAAUGCGCUCAUGUAUAAUCAUCCUGGCACGGAAGUGCACCGCAUGGCCAACGAGAUGCGUGUGGCCACCGACGAGAUCCUGGACGAGUUUGACCGAACGCCGUUAGGCUCGUAG